AUGUUUUCCUCUGUGUUUUUCGUAACCUUUUUUGUUCUCGGCUCAGCCUUUGAGUGCAGGUUUAAUGGAACAGUGAAGGAUGAAGAAAAACUUCAGGUUCAUCUUGUACCGCAUACCCAUGAUGACGUAGGAUGGCUGAAAACUGUGGAUCAAUAUUACUACGGAUCUAAGAACUACAUUCAACAAGCAUGUGUACGGAAUAUUUUAGAUUCCGUUAUCUCUCAGUUACGUGAAAAUCCUUCCAGACGGUUUAUUUACGUAGAAAUUGCAUUUUUUGAGAAAUGGUGGAACGAACAAAGCGAUGCCAUGCGAGCGGAAGUGAAGAAACUUGUACAAGAGAAAAGGCUGGAGUUUAUAAACGCAGGUUGGUGUAUGAACGAUGAAGCUGCCACACAUUACAACGCAAUUAUUGAUCAAAUGACUUAUGGACUGAACUUUGUGGAAAAGACAUUUGGAUCGGAUGCAAGACCUCGAAUAGCCUGGCAAAUCGAUCCAUUCGGUCACUCAUCUGAACAAGCAUCAAUCUUUGCACAAAUGUCAUUCGACGGAUUUUUCUUUGGCCGUAUCGAUUAUGGUGACAAAAGUCUUCGUCUGAAGCAGCAAAGAAUGGAAAUGGUUUGGAGAGGAAGCAGAAAUCUUGGACAAGAUUCUGAUAUUUUCACUGGGGUACUUUAUAAUGUUUACAAUCCACCUAAAGGAUUUUGUUAUGACCAAUUUUGCCAUGAUAGCCCAAUCCAAGAUGACCCUAAUAACAAGGAUAACAAUGUCAAGGACACAGUGGAAAGAUUUGUUCAAACAGCAUGCGAGCAAGCCUCACACUACAAAACAAACCAUAUCAUUUUCACGAUGGGUUCAGAUUUUAUGUACGAAAACGCUAACGUAUGGUACACGAAUCUGGAUAAGCUGAUUAAAUAUGUAAACCAGGUAUGUGCAGUUUAGCUUUCUUCAUGCUAAGAUUCAAAUGCAUGCAUUGCCUGCAUUUGACAGCUGGGGAGUAGCUAGCCUGUGCCAGGCUCUCAGAUAGUAUAGUGGGAACGUAUUGAAACGAGCAAAGCGAAAAUAAGACGCGCACGACUUGGUAAAGGGGGCGGUGGCGGCGGGAAAAAUGGGAGAGAGAGCCUGUUAGCAUUUAGCCUGUGCCAGGCUCUCAGAUAGUAUAGUGGGAACGUAUUAAAACGAGCAAAGCGAAAAUAAGACGCGCACGACUUGGUAACGCCCCCGCGCGUUUUUCGCAUUUCUUAUUACUGAACGACUUUCCACCACCAUCUCGGAGCCUGGAACAGGCUAGGGAGUAGCUGAUAACUCUCCAGUGGUACGUACAGCUCUCUCUUGGGGGAUGGUCUUACAAGCGUGUCCUUCAUACACCCAGGGGGGGGGGGGGUUCUCCUUUAUAUAAGCCAUAGACGUGUGUGCCGCCCCAAAGGGUAGGGCUUUGGCGUUGUUUUGGUCUGAAAACGGGUAUAGAUUUUGCCCAUUUUGGUCUAGAAUCGGGCAUGGUUUACAAAGGAGCUACGGUUGUGAAUCAGUGUGUUCGUCGUUUCAAUUCCAAAUUUGAAUGAAUAAGAAUAGCCUGUUCCAGGCGUUUGGAUAGUAGAGCGCGGCGGUCAGUGGGGAACGAGUUAAAUUGUACACCAGGAAAAAAGGGGGGUGAACGAGGGAGGGCAAGAGUGAAGGAACGCCUGUAAAUAUUCGUAACAAAGGGUCGUUAAGGUAUACUGGAUUUCAGUAUACCCUCUUAUUGGUCGAUUAUGACACCUUCUGCUAACACUCGAGCACUGAUGACACAGGGGUGGAUCUAGGGGGAGGGUGCAGGGGGUGUGCACCCCCCCCCCCCCCCAGAUGACCUGCGGUUUUCUAAUACAAGUGGUAUUCGUUGCGCCUCUCGUAGCCAUAAUGAAACUAAGCUUAAGCGACUUGGAAUAACAGCAGCAACAGCCAUAGGUUGGGGACAGGAGGAAGGGAUGGACGAAGACACGGCAUUGUGGAAGGAAGGUGUGCAUGUGAGAUCAUUCACGGCAGCCCAAAAAGGCAAAAAUAUCUUAUUUGAAAGAUAAUUUAGCCGCAAUAAAAAGAUUAAUGCUCUAACAGAUGUCACAGAAAAUGAGUACUUAACUGCAUCUAGAAUCAAUUCAGAAACAACCCGCAGGAAAUAAUUGCCAGUAUACAUGACUGACCGUCUUAAUGUUUGACUCAGGGCGGCAGAAAUUAGAUUUGCUUAGUGCUUAGUAAAAAGAAGGAAAACCUAUGAUGUUGUUUAUUGAAAGCUAACUCAAAGGUCACGUUUCACAAUAUCACGAGCUUUUUUUUAUGGGUCUUGUCUAUUCUGUCAACACUUUGUAGUUCAUGUAACAGUUACGCGGUCGGCGGUCAAUUAAGGGCGGAAAGAGCUCUGUAAGGGAAUGUUUACAGGCGCUUCCUCCCCCUUUACCCGUCUAGUCUCCCCUCGUUUUUUUUCUUCGUGAAUUUUUCUGCCGCACCCUACUAUCUGAACGCCUGGAACAGGCUAGAAUAAGAAAGAAAGGGUAAUUGCGAAUUCGAAAUUGAUUUUAAGAAAUCUUUUUGUUGCGGUUUUAAUCUCAGCAAUAAUGACAUAAUUUCUGGUCAUGUUGCGUUUUGUGACCACCUCCAGGUCUGAAUAUGGAUUUUAGAGGCAAGGUCUGAAACGUGUGUGGAAAAUGACAUUUUUGGUCUGAAACAGGGUCAGGAUUUAGAGAACCGUGUGACUCACCCUCACCAAGAAUUCCCAGGAGUACUUCUCGGGUUCAGACAGCAGUUUCGUGUCCUGCAAUACGUGCGUAUUUUCAGGGGCGAAUAAAAGCGAGUAAAGCUGCGUGUUUUAGUUCGUAAUGCCGUGGCCUCCAUCUUAGAUUGCGGGUGACCAGGGGUCCUUUUAGUCUAUUGUUAGUCUAUUGUUGUUUGCAUUUAAGAUCAAAGUUUCAGUGAUGGUUUCAAUAGAUUUGCAGAUCACGUGACAUAACUAUCGGUCAACGAAACAAAUUGAACUGGCUUGUUAGCUAAGACCUAGCCUGUUCCAGGCUCCGAGAUAGUCGGGUUGGAACAGACUAGCUAAGACCCGAUCUUUUAGUUACCAGGACUUUCGAGAAACCGGUCCCUGAACAGGCUGAAUCCUCAUCUCCAGUUUGAGGCAAAAGUCAGCUUUUCGAAAGCGGUCUGUCUGAUCUUCGAUGGAUCUCGCCCUUAUUCCAUAACCUUAUUAGUAUCAUUUCUCGUUUUAUCACUGAUGAAGAAAUUGCUAUUCUUAGGUUAGACGUCAAGGUGAAAGACGGAGGCAGAUUUAAUGUUGUGGUGGCGCAAGUAAAAGCAUUUGCGCACCUGACGAAAACGCCCGCAAUGUAUGCUAGCAUUUAAGAAUUUGGCAUGUUGAAAAAUCGGGAAUGAGCAAUGCACUUUGUUUAAAAAAAAAAGAAAUUCUGAGAAUGGUUUAAAGGAAUUGGAUUUUGUCUCAGUGAGUAUCUUUGUCUGGCUACAGCUAUGAGAAUAGUGAUGCGAACAUUAAGCGUGACGGCAAAACUCAAGAGUUAGCAUCAGUAAUGCUGUCUGAGCAGAAUUAGCAGUUGUUUUGGGCAGCAAAAUUUAAUAAACGCGUUAUGAAUAAAAUGCGCGGGAAACUUGUUUAAUUUUUGCUGACUAUGUUCAGGCAAGUACUAGUAAUGACGUCACAACACCAUAAGGUCCAUUUGACAGUUUAGCAAGCCCAUUAGAAACGGCUAAUGUCUUCUAUUUAGCGCUAAAAAUCGGAUAUAUAAAAACAAAACACACACACAUGCACAAAGAGGAGCUGAAAACUCUUUAUCUCAAUUUUGCAACAAUAGAAAUGUGGUGGUGAUGGUGGUGGAGAGAAAAAAAACUGCCCAAAAAACUACUAAUUCUGCUCAGACACCACUAGCGGCAUCGUGUUUAAUCGCAAUAUCCAGUCAGUCAGACCGAAUCAUUUUUGCCAGCUUAGUAUAAAGUAUAGAGCUAUGAUAAACCUGACAACGUACAGCUAAAUUUUACACUACAGGAUUAGCUCAAAUGGUAGAACACUAACCCCAGUUGUUCAAAAGGUGGAUUAAGCUAUCCACCGGAUAAAUCAUUAUCCAUCGGUGGUUUUCCUAAUAUUUGUCCACAUAGCGCUAUCUAUCGUUUAGUAACUGUCUUUACGCUGCAAACGGUCUGACCUUUGUGCAGCUGGCUGAUUACCUCGUAGAAAUGGAGGUACCGUGUCUACAUACAACGACACUUUUUAAUAAUGUNUGUUCAGGCAAGUACUAGUAAUGACGUCACAACACCAUAAGGUCCAUUUGACAGUUUAGCAAGCCCAUUAGAAACGGCUAAUGUCUUCUAUUUAGCGCUAAAAAUCGGAUAUAUAAAAACAAAACACACACACAUGCACAAAGAGGAGCUGAAAACUCUUUAUCUCAAUUUUGCAACAAUAGAAAUGUGGUGGUGAUGGUGGUGGAGAGAAAAAAAACUGCCCAAAAAACUACUAAUUCUGCUCAGACACCACUAGCGGCAUCGUGUUUAAUCGCAAUAUCCAGUCAGUCAGACCGAAUCAUUUUUGCCAGCUUAGUAUAAAGUAUAGAGCUAUGAUAAACCUGACAACGUACAGCUAAAUUUUACACUACAGGAUUAGCUCAAAUGGUAGAACACUAACCCCAGUUGUUCAAAAGGUGGAUUAAGCUAUCCACCGGAUAAAUCAUUAUCCAUCGGUGGUUUUCCUAAUAUUUGUCCACAUAGCGCUAUCUAUCGUUUAGUAACUGUCUUUACGCUGCAAACGGUCUGACCUUUGUGCAGCUGGCUGAUUACCUCGUAGAAAUGGAGGUACCGUGUCUACAUACAACGACACUUUUUAAUAAUGUUGCCGUCAAUUUUGUUGAGUUCUGCAAAUAAUACGUUUAACUACGUUAUUUUCGUCUCCAUUCUUUAUUUCUUUUUAGGACGGUCGUGUGAAUACCUUCUACUCGACUCCGACACUUUAUUUAGAUGCUCUUCACAGU